AUGGAUAGUCCAGCGGCGAAGCCACAUGAGACGGUUGCUCACGUGGGAGCCUGCUCGUCGUCAGCUGGGGACGGACAGGAGCUUUCUGGACUGGGGACGUCGGCAUGGCAGCCCCCGUUGCCCAAGGAACAUGGCGCACCGGAGGCGGCGAAUUCUGAACCCUCGCGCUUUCAUCGACACUUCUUGCCUCAGGAGAGGGGCCCUGAAGAUGAUGAGCAGGGUGAUACGGCGGCGGUUAGCGACGCUUCGCUCUUUCGACGGAAUGAGGCACCCACUGUCCGGAUUAUCCAGCCCAAGCAAUCAGUAUCUGAAGACAUUAGACGAAGAGAGCUAGCAGCAGCAAUUGCAGGGGGUUUGCCCAAGAGACGUCGGCGAGGGGGUCGGCCGCCGAAAGCAAGACCAGACACUAGCGGCAGAAACCGCCAUUCUAGCCAAGACGAGCCUCCGAGGAAACAAGCCCGACCUGGAAUCCGAAGCCGGAGAAGACGGGAGUUGCAGGCCGAAGACCUGGCGAGCGUGUUGCGCUUCUUGGAGGAGGAAUUUGCCGUUAAGGAGAGUCUGUCUAACGAGCAGACGUGGUGUACGCCAAUACCACAUGAGAGAAAGGUGUUGACCGUCCGAGCCUUCUACAAGGAGUUCCACGAUGUGGACACUUUGCCAAUACGGACUUGCAUGCUGUGCUACCGACAACUGUUCGCCAUUUUCAUGUUGGAGCUGCUUUCCCGUGGGCGAGACCUUCUCGGCGUGUGCGGAAUGCGCUCGCUGCCUGAGGCGGAGUGUUCUGUCGCCUGCGGCCCAGCUUCACAGGCGUAUUCGGGCCUCACGCCGGUUGAGGAGAAGCUUAUCGCGCUGAACUCAUGUUACGGGUUCGUCACAAGGUACAGCAUUGCGAGCACCCAGAAGCAGAGUGCGCGGUAUCCGAAGCAUAUCAAGGGCCACAUCACGGUGUUUCCGAACAAUAUGCAGGAGCUGGCCACCAAAGUGCUCCCCCACCCGCUCGUCCAAGUUAUGGAAGAGAUCCAUGUCUCGUGGCAGGGUGCGGAGAAGCCAGCGCCAAGCGACCUGUCCGGCUUAUUGUCGGUGAGGCGACGAGUCGUUGAGAGGGCGCUCGUCUGGCUGAAGAAGAACAACCCGCAUUACGCUGAGAUCGAGAUUAACGCGGCGGAGAUGGAGAGCUGGGGGCGCGCCGCCGCAUGGGGUGCCGCCGCUGAACCGGAAUCGGUGGAACCUGAACAUGGAGGCGGCCUUGUCGUUCCAGGUCCAGCAGCGGUCGAUGAUGCGAGUCUUCAUCUCCGAGCAUAAGUGGAGGGAAGGUCUGCCGACCGAGGAAGAAGCCAUCAUGAUGCUGAACCAGGGCGACGACAGUGCGAUACCGGUACCAGGCGUCUUCAUGUUCGUGCCAGGGAUGCCCGUCGUCGUGAACCACAAUACCCAUCAGGGCUUGAAGCUUGUCAAUGGGGCCAGCUACACUGGGCUUGACGUCAUCCUCGACAAGGCGCACCCGGGCCAUCGGAUCUCGGCCGAUACGAUGGUCCACUUCGGGCCGCCGGCGGGGAUAAUACUGGAGUCGGAGACGACAAAGAACUUCCACUUCGUGGGAAUGCCGCCCGACACAAUCCUG